UAGUCAAGGGGGUAAAGUUGGUCAUUUGUUCCCUUAAAAAUUGGACCUUCCAACGUUGAAGUUGCUUUAGUCAACUCUUUCUUCCAUUUUCCUUUAUCAAUGGAAGCUCCUGAGUUGUUGAAGCAGAAGUUGCCUCAUGAUGCUCGUACUCAUGAUGCUCGUACUGAUGGCGACAUCUCGUUGAUACUUGAGCUUCCUGAAAAUGACAAGUUCUUCAAGAAAAAGAAGAAAUUGCUGGAAGAAAUGGGUUCUCAUGCAAAACCUGUAUACAUACAGAGCUCUGCAAGUCCCGUUGAACUGAAGUCUUCCUUAAAUUUGAUGCAUCAGAGUUCUAGAAUCAUAAACUUAGAUGAGCUGGAACUCUAUUUUGGUGGAGAAGAUGUCACCGAUCUGUUAGAGUUUAAUAGUCCAAGGAAUGAGAUGGAAGCUUUGAAUUCAAUUCUCACAGCCAUUGCGAAGUUGGGUGGAGAACAUUCUGCAUCAACUGCAUUGCAAGAAUUACGGGUUGCAACUGUCAAUGUGAUCUCUGAGGUGGCAAAGAACUUCAAAGAGGAGAGAAAAGUUGUUACUGAAUCUAGCUGCGAGCAAGAGAAAUGUUUACAACAGUGGGGUGAGGACGAAGGUGUGAAGUCACAAUUGGAGAUAUCUUAUUUUGAGGGAGCGGGAAGGGGAGCUGUUGCAAGACAAGACAUGAGAAUUGGAGAUAUAGCCAUGGAGAUCCCUUUAUCCAUUGUCAUUUCAGAGAAUCUUGUGCAUGCGUCUCAGAUGCACUCCAUUUUGGGAGAAGUCGAGGGUAUGUCAGCAGAAACAAUGUUAUUGUUGUGGAGCAUGAAGGAGAAGCACAAUCCUGAUUCCAAAUUUAAGUUGUACUUUGAUACACUGCCAGAGAAAUUUAAAACAGGUUUGAGUUUUGGGAUUGAAGCUAUAAUGUCCUUAGACGGAACCUUGCUGUUAGAAGAGAUUGUCCAAGCAAAAGAGCACUUGCGUGCACAGUAUGAUGAAUUAUUUCCAGCCCUAUGCAAUGAUCACCCGGAUGUAUUUCCUCCAGAGCUGUACACCUGGGAGCAGUUCUUAUGGGCUUGUGAACUUUGGUACUCUAAUAGCAUGAAAAUUAUGUUUAAUGACGGAAAACUAAGGACCUGCUUGGUUCCGAUUGCAGGGUUUCUUAAUCACUCGAGUUGUCCGCACAUAGUGCACUAUGGAAAAGUAGAUUUCACGACGAAUUCUAUUAAAUUUCCUUUGUCAAGACCGUGCAAUGCAGGAGAGCAAUGUUUUCUUGGCUAUGGGAACUUCAGUAGUUCUCAUUUACUGACGUUCUAUGGCUUUCUCCCACAACUAGACAACUACUACGAUGUGAUUCCUCUAGAUAUUGAUGUUGAAAGUAAUGAAGGUUUUGCGGACACUGGCCCUACAUCUGAUUGGACCUCCCAUAUGAUUCGUGGAACCUGGUUCUCAAAGAAUCUUGGCAUCUUCCGUUAUGGUUUACCACCUCCUCUACUGGAUCAUAUGCGUAGAUCUCGGAAUCCUUUUUCGCAAACAAUGAACCUUACACCAGAGAACUUGGAAAUUGAACUCGAAAUACUUAGAGACCUUUGUUCUAUGUUCCAAGAUAUGACGGAUGCACUAGGAGAUGGUCAACUUGAUGACAGGGAAACCACAAGUUGGGAUACAAAGCUUGCACUGGAUUUCAAAUAUUUACAGAGGAGGAUUUUCUCCUCCAUUGUUGCUUCGUGCCAGGCAGGUUGUGAGUUGGUAGAAAGUGAACUGCAAAGAUAUAGAUUGUAGUUUCGUUACGGAAAGGGACAGGCGGUGCUAAGUAUAUGAGGUUUGGCUUCAUAGAGUUUUGUUGUAUACAUCCAUUCUAGUUUCCGCACCAAAGGUCGGACUGAAGCUCAAGUAAAAGGCGACAUUAGCCUUUUCUGUCGUACCAAUGGAACAAUGAUAUAGUUUUCUCUAACAAUGAUAUAGUUUUCUCUAACAAGAAACCUAGGCAAGUGGUUUGUAACCAUCUUUUCUUACUACCAGCUGGUUAAAUUUAAGCUCUUAUUUGUCUUAUUUUUAGGCGACAGAGCCAGUAGAAAUUUUUUAAUCCUCUCACAAUUUUCAGAGUUUACCUGCUAUCAUCUCAGUGAUUCUUAGUUUUCUCAUCGGCUCUAUUUGGAAUCGUGGUAUGUUUAUGAGAAAAAUAUUUCAAUUUGUAA